AUGGAAAAGGAUCAGGGCAGAUCUGGAACCAAACAGAUCAGACUGGUGAAUGGGGCAGAUCGCUCUGGGAGAGUGGAGAUUCAUUACAAUGGCACCUGGGGGACAAUCUGUGAUGAUUCCUGGGACACAUCAGAUGUCAAUGUUGUGUGUAAAGAAUUGGGCUGUGGACACGCCAUUGAUGCCCCUGCCUCAGCUUAUUAUGGGGAAGGAUCAGGGCAGAUCUGGCUGGAUGAUGUGAGUUGCUCUGGAAGCGAAUCCUAUCUUCGGGACUGUUCCUCCAGAGGAUGGGGUCAGCACAACUGUGGGCACGGUGAAGACGCUGGAGUUCUCUGCUCAGGAAGUAAACAGAUCAAACUGGUGAAUGGAACAGAUAGAUGCUCUGGGAGAGUGGCGAUUUAUUACAAUGGCACCUGGGGGACAGUCUGUGAUGAUUCCUGGAACACAUCAGAUGCUAAUGUUGUUUGCCAAGAAUUGGGAUGUGGACACGCCCUUAAUGCACCUGGCUCAGCUCAUUAUGGGGAAGGAUCAGGGCAGAUCUGGCUGGAUGAUGUGAGUUGCUCUGGAAGCGAAUCCUAUCUUCGGGACUGUUCCUCCAGAGAAUGGGGUCAGCACAACUGUGGGCCCGGUGAAGACGCUGGAGUUCUCUGCUCAGGAAGCAAACAGAUCAGACUGGUGAAUGGGGCAGAUCGAUGCUCUGGGAGAGUGGAGAUUCAUUACACUGACUCCUGGGGAACAGUCUGUGAUGAUUCCUGGGACCUAUCAGAUGCCAAUGUUGUUUGUGAAGAACUGGGAUGUGGACGUGCUAUCAAAGCACAUGACUCAGCUUAUUAUGGGCAAGGAUCAGGGCAGAUCUGGCUGGAUGAUGUGAGCUGCUCUGGAAGUGAAUCCUAUCUUCGGGACUGUUCCUCCAGAGGAUGGGGUCAGCACAACUGUGGGCACGGUGAAGACGCUGGAGUUCUCUGCUCAGGAAGCAAACAGAUCAGACUGGUGAAUGGGGGAGAUCCUUGCUCUGGGAGGGUGGAGAUUCAUUACAAUGGCACCUGGGGGACAGUCUGUGAUGAUUCCUGGAACACAUCAGAUGCUAAUGUUGUUUGUAAAGAAUUGGGAUGUGGACACGCCAUCGGUGCACCUGGCUCAGCUUAUUAUGGGGAAGGAUCAGGGCAGAUCUGGUUGGAUGAUGUGAGUUGCUCUGGAAGCGAAUCCUAUCUUCAGGACUGUUCCUCCAGAGGAUGGGGUCAGCACAACUGUGGGCAUGGUGAAGACGCUGGAGUUCUCUGCUCAGGUUAGAAUCUGCAUUCACUAAGAAGUGAAAAUGGCUCUGGGUUGGUGAAAGACAACCUCUCAUGACCCAGAUUAUGAAGAAUCUGAACAUAGCAUCCUUGGAUCAUCAAUAUAAGAAUAACCAAGUUUAGAUAAAAUACAACAUGAGGCAGCAAACUCUAUAUGAUCCGCUUCUUUCUCUGAGAAAAGCUCAGCUGUGGCACACUGAUAUAAUACUGCUCAGAGAGGCUUCUAAAGUUGCAGGAAAUACAAGCACAUUUAGGAAAACAUUGCCAAAUUUCCUCUGUAUAAUUUUCCAUUGGUCAAACUGUGUAGACUUUUCCUGCUUUUUUCUAUUCAGGUAAUUUUUUCAGCUUGAAUUUCUGCUUUUUUCUUAUUAAAAGCUUUUUUAAAGUCAUA